GUAGCGUCUUCUCCUUUAAAGAUCUUUGUAUUUAUUUGUGUGUAACAGGUUGACAUGUAAACUACACAGUGGGUGGGCGUAUGGAUUGGAGGAAGUGUGCAGACGAUGACUCACAACAGAGGAAGUUGUGCUCAAGAAAGUGAAAUUCCAUGUUUCAAUGGACAGCCACAUCUUGAAGCCAGAUUUGAGUGUCCAAUCUGUCUUCAGUGCAUGAGAAAUCCCAUCUUGACAGCAUGUGGGCAUCGAUUUUGCAGUGACUGCAUUACAGACUGGCUGAGGCAAAAAGACCAGAGUUGUCCUAUUGAUAGCCUUCCUAUCAAUCAGGAGACAGAUCUGUUUCCUGACAACUUCACCCGUCGUGAGAUUCAGGAACUUGAUCUCCAUUCUUCGUCCUGUAGUUAUGAGAAGAGGGAAGAAGUUCAGUGUACCUUCCAUGAUGUGGGAUGUACAGAAAUACUUACAAAGAAUUCUUUGGCUGAGCAUCUGAAAUCACAAGUUCAUCAGCAUCUAGAUCUGCUUAGACAAGCACACAUGAAAGCACGAAGGCAAAACUCUGUUGAAGAGAAGUUGAAAGGAAAAGCACAGGAAGCAGCUCUUCUUUGGGCACCAGAUUCAAAAGGAGAAUCCACAGAGAAAAAUGGGGAAACCUGGCAAGCACUGGCACGUGACUUAUUUGGUAGAAUUGUGGUCCUGGAACAGAAGUACAAUGAACAUGAAAUACAGCUGUCUAACAUCAAGCAGCAGCUGCAGCAACAUGUCAGCAAUUCAAGUGCUGUCCUCGAAGAAAUUUGUCGUAAACACUGUGGUGGUGUCAUGUUGUGGGCUAUCCCUGAGUUUCGUAAAGAGCUGAACACAAUGGAAAGAGAACCUGCACAUUAUUUCCUUUACAGCCCCAGCUUUUACACUUCACCCAAUGGAUACAGGUUUUGUGCUCGGCUCAAUAUAUCACCAAAAGAUCACAAUUACUUAUCAUUGUUGAUUCAUCUUAUGAAGACUGAUCAUGAUGUUUGCUUAGAUUGGCCGUUCACUGGAAGAAUCAGUUUUCGCUUGGUCAAUAUGAAAGAUUCACAGUUACACAUUCAAGAAACCAUGAUGUCUAGGCCUGAAAUUGAUGCAUUUCAACAGCCAACAAAAAACAUUAACCCUAGAGGGUUUGGAUACACAGAAUUUAUUUCAAUACCAGAGCUUAUGUCUGCUGGAUUCAUACAUAAUGAUACACUUACCAUCAAAAUAAAAGUGCAAAGUGUGUAAUUAAUGUGAUUCUUCAGGUUUCCUCAAUGUAGUAGAUCAUUAAGGAACCUUGGACAAGAAGCCGGAUAGGCAUGUGCAAUAUUUCAUCAGUUUACUGACUGACCGUCAUCAGGUGCACUCAUGGAACACAAUAAUAUGGCCAUUCACCUGGUACUUGUCUGAUGCAUUUAUAUACUUCAUGCAUAAAUGAGACCAUUCACAAAAUAGUAGAAACAUUGAGUUGUUGGCAGGCACACAAGAAGAAUGAAAAGAAAACUUGCUGGAAUUCAGACGAAUACUUUUAUGAGCUGGAGUACACACACACACACACACACACACACACACACACACACACACACACACACACAGAGAGAGAGAGAGAGAGAGAGAGAGAGAGAGAGAGAGAGAGAGAGAGCUACAUUGUGCUGGCUGAACACACAAUACCAGGAUUGCAGUUCGGCUGAUGGACCGGAGUGAGCGGUUGUGUCAGGUGCGGUGGGUAGAGUGAGAAAGAGGUGGGAGUGGGAUGAGGGGUUGUGGAGAGGUAGCUGGUGCCUCAGAUGGUAGCAGCAGGUGUGCAGGAUAGAAAUUCAGGAGAGGGAGACAGCAGGUGCACUGGCUACGAAUGCGACACACAGGCAUUGGAGUCAGUGAGUUAGUGCGAUGCACAGUGAAAAUGACAUGGAGGCAGGGACUGAUAGUUUUAACGGGAUAGAGGAAAGGGGAAGCCAUUGAGUAGAGGGUGUGCAUGCACUGAAUUAAUAGAGAUUGAGGCCAAGACAGUUAUGGGAGUGCAAGGACAACUCCCAUCUUCCUAGUUCAGGGAAGCUGGAGCUGGAGGGAAGGCAGGGGUUGUGGAACAGCAUGCUGUGCUCAGUAGCAUGUUCCACCACUGGAUGGUCAGCUGUUUUUGGCCACAGUUUGGCAGUGGCAAUGCUCUGCAGAAAUUAGAGCACAGCCUAUAUAUGACAUGACUACUUUCACAGGUGUCCCUGUCUCUGAUGAGCUAGGAGAAGCCUGUGACAAGAUUAGAGUUGAAAUCGAUAAGUAGUUGAAUCAGGCAGGUCUUGCUCUCAGGGUCUUCCACAGGGAUAUGACCUCUGUGCCAAGAAACUGGAAGUUGGAGUAUCAUGUGGAUGGACAGGGAUGUUGUGUAGGUUGGUUGGACGAAGGAAUACCAUUUCAGGAUGGAUGGGAAAGAUCAUGUAUAGGAUGUACCACCUAGCACAUCCUACUCUACUUCUGUCACAGGCUUCUCCUGUCUCAUCUGAGGCAAGGGCACCUAUGAAAUCAGCCAUCAGCUCUACUGGAAUUUCUACAGAGCAUUUUAUGUGGAUAUGACCACCAACCAGCUGUUCACCAGAAUGAAUGGCCACCGACAAACUGUGGACAAGAACAAAGUUGACCACCCAGAGGCAGACCAUGCUGAUUAGCACAACAUGCUGGAGCUCAGGGGUUAUUUUACAAACCAUGCCAUCUGGAUAUUUUCCUUCAGCACCUCUUUUUUUUACAAUGUAAGUGGGAGUUAUCCUUUCAGCACUUCCUUCACUCCCGUAAUCCUUCUACCCUCAGAUCCUCAAAUACUAGACUCACAUUUGGGAGGGCAAUGAUUCAAAUCUACAAAGGGCCAUCCAAAUUCAAGUUUUUUCAUUAUUUCUGUAAAAUAACUGUAGACAAAUGGCAGGAUUAUUCCUCCAAAAGGGCAUGGUCAAACUCCUUCCCCAUCCUGGAAUCAGUCUGGGCUUGUGCUCCAUCUCUAAUGAUCUUGAUGUUGAUAGGAUGUUAAACUAAAUCUGUCUGUCUUCCUUCCUUCCUUCCUGGCCUCAAUCACCACUAAACCACUUCAUGCACACCCUCUACCCAGAACUUUCCUCUUCCUCAGUCCUGUUACCCCCUCCCAUUCUAUGCCUCCACUUUGACAUUGUCAUGCACCAUACAAACUCACCAGCUUCGGCUUCCGUUGUCGCAUUCCGAGCCCAUGGACAUGCCACCUCCUCAUCCUGCAUUUCUAUCCCGCACAUCUGCAGCCACCCUCCAAGCCACAAGUUACAUCUCCACAACCCGUCAUUCCAAUUCUCGCCUCUUCGCCCCUCUACCCAACCCAACCCUACCCCACCUGAUAUAACAGAUCACUCCUGCCAAGCUGCAUUUGUGGCAUAGGUAUUCAGUUGGCACAAUGUAGCUGCACAGGUGUGCACUUGUGUGUGUGGUAUGUGUGUGUACUUGAACUUGUUAAAAAGGGUUCAUCUGAGAGCUAACAAGUUUUUAUUCUAUUUUGUGUGCCUGUUAGCAGCUCAACGCAAACUAUUUGACGAAUUCCUUCCUUUACUCCUAAAGUAUUUACAUAUCACAUUUGAUUUGUUUUUGACAUACUUUAUGUGUAAAUAUACCACUGUACAUAAUAUUAUUUCUUUGACUUGGUGCAGAAACAUAACUUAUAUUUUGUCAUUUUUAAUAUACCACAGUUGACUCAAUUCAAAACAACUGCAAGAAAUAUUGUCAUUUGCUGUUUUUCAUGGCAUAUUAGUGUACAAUUGUUUUUGAUGUUGAAAUGUGUUUAUACACUGUGAUAAAUUUCAUCAAAAUCAAUCGGCGCUGUGGCAUUGGACUAGCAGUUUACUACAGACUUGUUCAUGGACUCCACCGGCAGAGAUCAUAUGCAAAGUGUCACACCAAAAAAGAUGAGACUUAUGUUGUAAAUUCGUAUUCUUACUAGGUAUGUUCAAUUAGUUAUACUUGCUUUAAAAUGGAUCCCCUUGUAAUCUGUAUAUAGCUGCAGUCAUUCUGACAUUGCUCAAAACAUUCUUGGGAGCAACACAAGAGUUCAACCAUUUUUGCCUUCCACAAAGCAUACAAACUCAUAAGUUCUAAUCUGCUGCCACUUGAGCUGAGUGAUUGUUAAAACUUGUCAAAACCUGUGUAUUGUUGUUCUGUGAUGUAUUGCCAUAUUUUGACAGAAUGCAAACACGUACUUAUGACUAGUUUGAAUAUUUUGUCUGUUAAUGUUUUGUUUACAACAUUUUUGUACUUGUUAUUAUCUAAAUACAAUAGUAGUAUAUUUGUCUGUUGCAUGAACAUUACCACAGAAUGUAGUGCAUGUGUUUCCAUUUUGUGAUGUCAUUUCCAUUGAUUUCUGUAACAUGGUCUGUUGUAUAAUUACUAGGGUGAAAAGUUUUGCACUUAGUUAAUAAUCUGAUUAUCAUGUCACUGAGGAACCUAUAAUGGUGUACUGGGAUGUUUUUCUUUGACUGUAUUUUAGAUUUGGAUAAUGUCACCACCCAUAGUGAAUAUGGGAAUAAUUCAAAUCAAAAGCAAUGGUGGUUUACAUAUGGUGUCAUACAUGGCCAAUACAGUGUUACAGCAGCAUUUACUUUUAUGUUCCUAAGUGCGGGACCUAACAAUUUUGACUGAUGCCUCAGAUCUCUCCUGUUCCAUCCCCAUGACCUCCCCCCUUUCAGGGUAUUAGUUCCCACAUGCUGCUGAAACUCAACAGGCACUGUGAAGAUUCAGUCUGUGUCCUUAAGAACAGCAAGCAUUGUUGUUGAUAUCAUUUAUUUUUUUAAUUACAUAAGUUUCUUAAAGUAUUACUCAAAAGUGCAAAUAACUACCAUACUGUGGAAAACCAUUAACUAAAUUCUUGAAGCAAUGAGAGACUAUUUUAUCAGUAGGAAAACAUUGUUAGAUUCUAUAUUUUUGCAUUAUGAGGUAUGUUAUAUACACUUUAAAAUGUCAGUAUUAUAUUUUGUGGGUGGGAUCUUUUCCAGAGUGCAAUAACAACAUCCUUUUGUAAUGUACAUUUUACUGCAUUGUUUUUAGAAUAUAUGUAUUACUGGUGUCAUCAUUUUAACCAGUAUUAAUCACUAUUAUGCCGUCCAGUUUAUUACGAAAGUGGUUGGGUUAUAGUAGAUAUUGAAUGUAUAUUGUUUAUCCAAUUAAAGCACUUUCAAAUCCUUAA